CGUCCUUUAUUCCUCUGUGCAGUUUGAAACUGUCAGGCUGCUGCCGGGGUAGCCGCGGUACCGCUGUUGUUUCAGCGGGGACCCGGCGAGGAGACGCCGAGAGAGGCAUCGGGGUUUGUGAAGAGCCGCGACGGUGGGUAGCGGCGCUCCGGAGGCUUCCGCGCCCCCGGCGGAGGCAGUGGAGAGGGGUUGAAAGUGUCUCAGCUCGAGUUUCCGCCCCGGGGGCUCGUACAGCGCGCAGCUCCGGGCGUCUUCCCCGAGACGUGGGCUGUGUGCUGUCCUGCGGGGCUGCGAGGCCAGUGUGAUUGAGACCUGUUUCACCUUCCACUGAAAUUGUUUAGUGUUUGUACAGAAUGUCCUCAGAUGAGGAGAAAUGCUCAUUGCCGGUUAUGAAGAAUGACUCUGACCGAGGCAGUUCUGUCUCUUCAGAUCUUCAGGAAGAAUAUGAAGAAUUGCUUCGUUAUGCUAUUGUGACUCCAAACGUUGAAUCAAGUGCUUCACAGCCAUGUCAUUCUAAAGAAGUGUUGCCAGAUGUCAGGAUUCCUACUGUAGUAGAUCUUCUAAAUACUCAAGCAGGAAAUAGCCCUGUAGUAAAAGAAACAAGGAUGGAAGCUGGAAAGGGAUGUGAUUUAAAUAUUUCAAGUCAUUCAAAGACAGAUGGGUCAUCGCCAGUGUUGUCACCGAGGAAGCCUUCCCACCCAGUUAUGGACUUUUUCAGUUCUAACCUCUUAGGUGACUCUUCCUCACCAGGAUCCAUUUCUAGUCAUGCAGAUGGCCAGGAAAUCAUGGUGGGCGAGUUUCUUAUUUCUGAUGAAAACCUCCAGAAGAUGGAAAGUGUACUUGAUCUUUGGAGUUCAGGACUUAAGACAAACAUCAUAUCUGAACUAAGUAAAUGGAGACUUAAUUUUAUUGACUGGCACCGAAUGGAAAUGAAAAAAGAGAAAGAAAAACACGAAGCACAUUUAAAACAACUGUGCAACCAGAUCAACAGUUUGAAGGAGCUGCAAAAAGCCUAUGAAGUCUCCAUUGGGAGAAAAGAUGAGGUGAUUUCUAGCUUGUCUCAUGCCCUAGGCAAACAAAAGGAAAGGAUUGAGUUGAUGAGAACAUUCUUCCACUGGCAGAUUGGCCAUGUUAAAUCCAGACAGGAUGUCUACGAAGGUAAACUAGCUGACCAGUACUUCCAGAGAACUUUACUGAAGAAAGUCUGGAGAGGCUGGCGAUCCAUAGUACAGAAGCAGUGGAAAGAUGUGGUGGAACGAGCUUGUCAAGCAAGAGCAGAAGAAGUCUGCGUCCAGAUUUCCAAUGAUUAUGAAACUAAAGUUGCUGUGUUAUCUGGAGCACUGGAAAAUGCAAAAGCUGAGAUCCAAAGAAUGCAGCAUGAAAAAGAGCAUUUUGAAGAUUCCAUGAAGAAAGCUUUCAUGAGGGGGGUGUGUGCAUUAAAUCUCGAAGCCAUGACUAUAUUUCAGAACAGAGGUGAAACAGGGAUAGACUUCACAAAUAAAAAAGAAGAGUAUGGCCCUGGCGUUCACGGAAAAGAACAUGGUGCUCAUUUGGAUCCUUUGGCCCCUCCGAUGCCCUCAGUGGUUUCACGGCCACCAUCUCCCCCAGCAGCAGCCAUGGGAGCGGCUGGCGCUACUGCGUUUCCCUCUACGGCUUCCGCCGGGGCCGCUUCCACUUCCUCUGCUCACCUUCCUGUUUCCUCAACUCUCGGUGCUGGGUCUACAGCUACUGCUGCACCAGAAGAAAUGUACAUGCCCAGAAUUGUGACAUCUGCACAACAGAAAGCAGGAAGAACAAUUACAGCCCGCAUCACAGGGAGAUGUGAUUUUGCCUCAAAAAACAGAAUUAGUAGCAGCUUAGCUAUAAUGGGAGUUUCUCCUCCCAUGAGCUCAGUUGUUGUGGAAAAACAUCAUCCAGUCACAGUGCAAACCAUUCCUCAAGCUGCUGCUGCAAAAUAUCCCCGGACGAUUCAUCCCGAAAGUAGUACCUCAGCUUCUAGAUCCCUCGGAACGAGGUCAACUCACACGCAGUCUCUCACAACCAUCCAUUCCAUAAAAGUGGUUGACUAAAAUGAAUAUGUACAUAUUGAGACCUUUUAAUUCAUCUGGUUUUACCAAGGAUUAAAAGCCUCUGGUUUUUAAAAUUUCA